AUUUUUUUUAGUAGUAAAAGUUGUUUUUCCUUCUUGGAUGUUUCCACCGGAAACGGAAAAUGUUAUGAUGUCACAAUAGUUUGUCAACGCCCAGUUAUCAUCACUGUCUCUUGUUAGGGACAGCAAUAAAUCUAAGUCAAAGUUGUGGAAGUUCCAAAGGAAUCUCUUCGGCAGCCACGCUGGUCCUGGCACAUUGUCCUGAAGAGAAUCUGAAUUAUGCAGACCAUAAAGUGUGUAGUUGUGGGUGAUGGAGCAGUUGGUAAAACUUGUUUGUUGAUAUCCUAUACUACAAACAAGUUCCCUUCAGAAUAUGUUCCCACUGUAUUUGACAAUUAUGCAGUGACUGUUAUGAUUGGUGGGGAACCAUACACGCUUGGUCUAUUUGAUACUGCAGGUCAAGAAGAUUAUGAUCGUUUGAGACCUCUGAGUUAUCCUCAAACAGAUGUUUUCCUUGUCUGCUUCUCUGUAGUUUCUCCUUCUUCAUUUGAAAAUGUUAAAGAAAAGUGGGUACCAGAAAUUACUCAUCACUGCCAGAAAACACCGUUUCUUUUAGUGGGUACUCAGAUUGAUCUUAGAGAUGAUGGAAUAACAGUAGAAAAAUUAGCAAAAAAUAAACAGAAGCCUAUCACAUAUGAACAAGGGGAAAAAUUGGCUAAAGAAUUGAAAGCUGUCAAGUAUGUUGAAUGUUCAGCCUUAACUCAGAAAGGCUUGAAGAAUGUUUUUGAUGAAGCAAUAUUGGCAGCCUUGGAGCCACCAGAACCCAAACCUAGACGAAAGUGCAGGCUUUUAUAAAGAUUGGAUGACCUUAAUAUAUCGCCAUCAAGACGUUUACCCUAAUCUACAAAUAAAAAAAAACUCUUGGCUUUUCUCCUUUUCUGAACAUUAUAUUCCGCGAAACAUCAUAAAUAAUAUAAAACACAUUGCUCUUUUUGUAAUCCAGAAAUUCAUUAGCGAAUCCCUGCGCUAAUCAUGUACCACUGUUCUGUGGAAUACUGAUACAUUCUGUAUUCUGAUACAUAUGUUAUACGCAUUUACCAUUCUGAACAUCUUAAGUGUGUUUCAGGGGUUUUUGAGUGAAAAGGACCAAGACUGAUUUAUAUAUAUAUAUAAAGUGCCACUUUAUUUAAUUUUUUUCUCAGAAUUAGUGAGUAAGGAGUUGAGAACACUUAAUCCUUGACUUAGGAUGUGUGGCUGCAAGUUUGCGGGGAUUUCUUGAGAUGGAUAAUGAUUUGACGUUGAGUUUUUAACGUAUGAGUUUAAGAACGAGAAACUAUUUCUUUUGCAGAUGCAAUACUUUAGUGUUGUGUAACAAUGUCUUUUUUGUAGUUUAAAUUAUUUUUCUAGUUUUACCAAAUUUGUCUUUUUUAGGCAUGUUUUAUUAUAAUUUAAUCUGGAUAUAUAUAUUUUCUAUAUUAUUUCAAUUAUGUUGAAUCACGACUCAUUAAUAAAUUUGCUGGCUGGCAUAAAGUAAUUCCGUUUUAAAAUCCUAAAAAGUGCCUCUGAACAAUAAGAAAGUAUGUUGUUGCAAAUAGUAAGGGCUUUUUACAUUGUUGGAUUGUCAUGUCUUCAUGCUCAAUAAGAAUUUAAUGUGCAGGUCUUAGUAAACACAACUAUAUUAAGCUUACUAACAUUAAACGUGAUUUUUUUUAUAACUUGUUUCUUAUUUCGGCAUUGCACCUUGUGGCUUUGCUUUUCUGUGUUAUUAUAGUCAGCAUAAUCCUUUUAUGUAUUUAUAUUGUGUGUCCAGUACUGAUAAAAAUAACUAUUAUGGGUAUACAAUAUAACUUCAAAUAUAUAAAAUGAAAAGCCUAUCAAAGUUUUAUAUUUAGGGUGCUUGUGAUUUAAAAAUCUUUUUAUUUAAUAUAAAAACAUGUCAUCCUUUUUUUUUCUAUUACUUUUUUAAGUAUCGAUUAUGUACAAUGUAACAUUUUUCAAGUCCAAAUGUGAUUGUUUCAUUCUGAUGAUUAUUUUGUGAAUUCUUUUUUUUCUUCUCCCAUUUGUUUGUGGCUUUUAAUUGUUUUUUUGUAAUGUAUAAAUCAAAAAUAAGAGCACUGUUCAGCACAAUGUGUCUUCCUAAUAGUAUGCUGUUCAGUAUUUAAAGAAAACAAAAAUGCUAAAAAAAAACUGGCUUACUGCCCAUUUGUGUUACAAAAAGAGACAGUCUGUGCCACAUGUUAAUAUACACUUCGUGUACUGGAUGAAGCAAUUUUUAAUAAAAAAAAAUUGAUAAGA